UCUGUCAGAAAACUUGUGGAGCUUGCUAGACCGGAGAAAAAGAAUUUGAGUAUUGCUGUUGGUUUGCUAUUGGUCUCCAGCUCGGUAUCGAUGCUCGUUCCUCUUACUAUCGGAAAAUUAAUCGAUUUCUUUUCUUCGAACGAUAACACAUUCUUCGGGCUUUCCUUUCCCGUCGCUGCCACCCUCCUCGCUAUCGUCUUCUGCAUCGGCGCUACUGCGAACACGGGUCGGGCUAUACUGAUGCGACUUUCGGGGCAGAAGAUUAUUGCUAGGGUGAGAACAGCCGCCUACACCGCUAGUCUAAGACAAGAACCUGAAUUUGCCGAUCGAAGUGCGGGAGAUAUAGUCUCUCGUCUCAGCGUUGACACGGGUAUAUUGGGAGAGUCAGUGACCAAUAACUUGAGUGAUGGUUUGAGGGCUUUGGUCACUGCUACUGUUGGCGUCGGUGCAAUGCUUUGGAUCUCUGCCAAAUUGACCCUUCUGAUGUUGUGCGUCGUACCGCCAGUAUCUCUCGGAGCUGUAUUCUAUGGGCGUUAUCUACGGAAAUUGUCCAACAUGACUCAAGAUGCUGUUGGAGAGAUGUCAAAGACGGCAGAAGAGAAGUUGAAUGCUUUUAAAACUGUAACAGCAUACAACGCCCAACCUCUCGAGUCUCGUUUGUUCGAGAACAAAGUGGACGGAAUAUUUCAAUUGGCAAAGAAAGAAGCGUACAUGACUGGUCUCUUUUGGGGCCUUUCUGGUCUCACUGGUAAUUUAGCCAUGUUGUCAUUGCUGGGCUAUGGUGGAUCUCUAGUAUCACGGGGAGAAAUCACAGUCGGCGAUCUUACCUCCCUCUUGGUCUACAGCGCCUACGUAGGCGGCUCCGUCUCCGGCCUCACACGAUUUUUCACCGAUCUCAUGAGAGGUGUCGGUGCUGGCGCUCGAGUUUUCUGGUUACUCGAUAGAGAAUCACACAUACCUUUGAACGUCGGUAAACCUCUUGAACAUUGGCGAAAUGGGGAUAUACGGUUUGAAGGUGUUAGGUUUAGGUAUCCUACUAGGAGAGAGGUGGAAGUUUUGAGAGGGGUAGAUUUGACCAUUCGGAGAGGGACGAGUGUGGCGUUGGUUGGAGCAAGUGGAAGUGGUAAAACGUCGAUCCAGCAAUUGAUAGAACGAUUUUAUGAUCCUUCAGAAGGACAGGUGACGUUCGACGGGGAGGACAUCAGAACGUUCACCCCGGAAUCAUGGCGUGCUCGAAUAGGUGUUGUUUUUCAAGACCCUAUUUUGUUUAAUGGGACAGUAGCGGAGAAUAUCGCUUAUGGUUCACCUGAUGCUACGAGGGAAGAUAUAGAGAAUGCAGCCAGGGAGGCGAAUUGUGAUUUUGUUUAUUCCCUCCCUCAGGGAUUAGAUACGAUGAUCGGUAAAGCCUCACUUUCCGGAGGUCAACGUCAACGUAUUUCCAUAGCUAGAGCUUUGGUCCGUCGUCCUACCAUCUUACUAUUGGACGAAGCUACCUCUGCUCUUGAUUCUCAUUCUGAAGAUGCUGUCAAUGCCGCUAUUGGUGGUAUCAUUCGCGAGAGGAAUAUAACAGUUAUCAUUGCUGCUCAUAGAUUGUCCAGUGUGGCUAGAGCGGAAAGGGUCGUGGUACUUGAAGAUGGGAGGGUGAGUGAGGAAGGGAGGUAUGAUAUUUUGUCGAGAAAAGAAGGAAGUCGAUUCAGAGCUCUGAUGGCGGCUCAAUUGUUGUUGGAAAAAACAAGUACGGCAGAUGUACCGGAAGAAUAGAAAUUGAUAAAAGGAACAAUUACAUAACUCGCAUCUCAUUCAUCAUUCAUUGAUCAAAUGCAUAUCUACUUUUCUCUC